AUGUUUGUCAAUAGACGGUCAUCGACGACUUUGCCCAAUGCACGUGACAGAAGAUCAAAGCAACUGAAGACUUUCAUCGACCGAUCUACCGUCGGUCGGUCGGUCGGUCGGUUCGUCCGUCAGUCAACGCAGACGACAUGCGCUGAUUGGCCAGGCACUCAGCUGGACACCGGCUUGCGUCAUCCGCCGUACACGCCAGAUACAGAUGACAAGCAGAACUACGACGGCGCUGACUUCAACCGACGGCGAUGGCGGCCGUUACGAGGACUUUUUAUAUACGUGGAACGAGGCGAAUGCGUCGUCGUCAUCGUCAUCGUCGUCGGUGGCCGUGGCGGCGGCCAUCCAUUCCGCAUUUACUGUCGUCGCAACUUUUUCUGCACAUCAGCAAAGGCAGCCAGACGACAACGACUGGCGGCGGCGCGACAGGCACGCAUCGCUGAGAAUGUACUUUGCUGUCGUCAUCGCCGACACGAUCAGACAACGACGAACAAUCAUCAUGGAAUUUCUCCUCAUCUGUGCAGUGCCAUCGCCUCCCUGUUCACACUGCUUAUCGAGUCGCGAAAGGCACAAUGA